CGCUGAUCAGCCGGGAGUGUGGCGUCAGCACCCGCAGGGAUCAGUAGUGCUGCGCUGCGACUCGUUACUGAGUGGACUCUUGCUGGUGCUGUGAGUUAAGACAACACCCGGCAAAAUGUAUGACGUGUUCGGCUCGAUACGCGGUCUGUUAAAGAUCGACAGCGUCAGUAUCGACAACAAUAUAUUCCGGUUACACUACAAGGGCACCAUGUUCAUCCUCGUGGCCUUCAGUUUGCUCAUCACGCAGAGACAGUACUUCGGCGAUCCCAUCGACUGCAUCGUGGAGGGCGUGAGGGCAGACAUCAUGGACACCUACUGCUGGAUCCACUCGACCUACACUAUCCCUGAUCUCACCGGGGCUGAGGAGGGCGUCGUGGUGCCUCACCCGGGCAUCUCCAACCCGCAUGUCCACGGUCCGGAUAGUGAACACGAAACGAGACACCAUAAAUACUACCAGUGGGUCACGCUCUUCCUCUACCUGCAGGCCAUUAUGUUCUACGUGCCGCGUUACUUGUGGAAGAUUUGGGAGGGCGGCAAGGUGAAGAUGCUGGUGAUGCAGCUGAACACUCCCAUCCUGGACGACGACGUGAAGAGGGAACGCAAGGCCAUGUUGGUGGAUUACUUCAGCCUCAACCUUCACAACCAUAACUUCUACGCCUUUAGAUUCUUCGCGUGCGAGCUGCUCAACUUCAUCAACGUUAUCGGCCAGAUCUACUUCACUGACAAGUUCCUAGGCUACGAGUUCACCACGUAUGGAACUCGAGUGAUAGAAUUCAGUGAACAGGAGUUGGGUACCCGCCACGACCCGAUGGACGAGGUGUUCCCCAAGGUGGCCAAGUGCACCUUCCACAAGUACGGAGCUUCAGGCACCAUUGAGAGGCACGACGGUCUGUGCGUCUUGCCGCUCAACAUCUUCAACGAAAAGAUUUACAUCUUCCUCUGGUUCUGGUUCAUCAUCGUGGCUGUGGUGUCCGGGGUGGGUCUGCUGUACCGCCUGGCCACUUUCACGCCCGCCUUCCGCCAGAUCCUGUUGAGGACUCGCUCCCGCCUCGCUUCCUCAGACAAUGUGGAGGCCAUCUCACGCAAGUGUCAGAUUGGUGACUGGUUCGUGCUCUACCAGUUAGCAAAGAACAUGGAUCCUCUGAUUUACAAGGAGUUCAUCACUGACCUGGCCAACAAACUCCAAGGGAAGGGCCCCGUCUAAGCCCUCCCUCCACUACCACAAGUGCCACAAAUGCAAGACAAUUGAAUGCAGUUAAGUUAUGCUGACCAUGACAAGUGGACGGAUUAUGAUAAACUCACUCUUAGGAUGCUAUUCAAAGUGGUUCUUUUUAGUGUUAUCUUUAUUAUUACUGUGGUUGCUGUUUGAUAAGUGUAUUUAUAUGGACUGAUUUUUGUUCCUACAUUAGGACACUUUUUUGUACUAAUGCUCGUUUUAAACUUAUUCUCAGUAGACCAGAUGUAGGGAAGUAAAGAGGGAGCGAGGUGCUAGAUGAAUGGAGGGGCCAGUACAGCAGUGGGAGGGGGGAGGGACGCCAUGGGGUGAUGAUGCAUGGGGGUCAUACAUAUCUCAUAACAAAGAAAGGCAAGUAGUGUCGCCAAGGUCAACAAGAGUAGUGUAGCCAGUAGUGUGCGGGGGGCCGAAUUGAACACACCUAAAACUGGUCUUCUCCAUUCGCUACAGUGGCGUGGGAAGGGUUUUUUCUUUUUUAAUGGCGGGAAGCAAACCACACAGUGCACGAUGUAGAACUGCUGGACGUCAGUGAGUUUUGUGCUCAAACUUUUAUUUUAUUUUAUUUUGUUAUAAUUUAGGUGUGUUCAUGAUCCCAUUUUACCAGUCUUCCAGCAUGUUUAAACAAUGCAUUUCCAUUAGUUUAGCCUCUGUCAGAUCCUGCUGAGGAGUUCGUGUGGGCAUGAAAUGUGUAUGUAGUGUCUUUGUGGUACUUCUGCCUGCACAAACUUGGAAUACGACAGGGUGUGUCACGAGGCUAGUUAAGUCAUCCACUAUUUGUAAUGAUGUGACUGAGCCUUUGAUUUGACUUAACGUAUGCAGUAGAAGCUGGAGGUAUUUUUCUACUUAUUUUGGUAAGUGCAGCUAGUAAGUUUUGUGUAAGUAAGGAAGUGUUUCUGUACGACAUUGGUUGGAGUGGUCUCAAAACUGAAGAUAAGAAAUCUACUCACUACAGGAUGCAUGUAAAUUAUGUUUUUUUUUAGAUUGUUACUGUACGUCUCAUGAUUUAUGUAAUGAGUGUUUGUCAGUAAGGCAGUUGAUAAUGGUGAUGAGUUUCUGAGAGUCGGUGCCUGUCAACGCCAAGCCAAGGAGGGAAGGAAGGUGCUGCAGCUGUGAACACGUGUAUGAAUGAGUAAUAAAAAUAUAUAUUGUG